AUGAAUGUUGGAUCGAUAUUAAACGAUGAUACUCCAAGUGACAUCGAAACCAAGAAUCCAGUGAUCACCAACAUACAGAAUAACCCACAAAGAAAUUCAAUUGUGAGUUUGUUGAAUGAUGAUAAAUCCGAUGCAACACCAGAACCUUCACCAACCAAGGAUGCGGAAGAACCACAAGUGAAUACUGAUGAAAUCCAGAAAGAAAGUGGGAACAGUAACAGUGACUCAACAGAUAAAUCACAACAAACGGAAGAGGAUGAAAUAACGAGGUUGAACAAGUUGAAGUCCAAGAACAAGCCAAAAAGAUAUAAAGUACCACCUGUAUGGGCUCAAGAAUGGAUACCAACUAAAAGAAGAAAUCCUAAUGAUAUCUUGGUUAAUAAUCCACUUGAGCCUUCUAUCGAAAGUUUGUCAGACAAGUCAAUUUUUAAUACAAAUACUACUAGUAGUGUUGAUUUAGAAUGUUCAAUUACAGGUAUAAUACCACCUGCUAGUAUAACAAGAACCAUUGCUGAAUGGAUCUAUGCAAAUUUUAUUGAAAUCAAUCAAUCUACUAGACCUUUUGUUGAAUUGGAAUUGAAAUUUGGAACUAUCAUGGAUAAGAAACUGAAUGCAAGGUUGAACAUUAAUGUCUCAACUGAAUGUAUUUAUACCGAUACAUCCAACAUAUAUUUCGACCCUGGUAUCCAUGAAGUCGGAUUCAAUGAAAUGAUGAACUUUUUCGAAGAAUUAGAAAAAUCAUAUCAAGAAGAGAAUAAAAAAAAUCCUUCGAAACCCAAAAGAAAAUUCAGUAUUUUAGAAUCUGAUGUUACUGAUUUCUUUUAUUAUAUAAGAAAUAGAAACGAGGCCCCAAAGACUGUCAGAGUAUCAAAGGAUAACAAGCUCAAUCCACCAAGGUAUUCUGCUAUCAAUAAAGUGAGAAAAAGUGAUAUUUUCAUUCAUAACCCAUCAUCCAUGUAUGAUUUAAGAUUAUCACUUUCCAUUGAAAACCCUGUAGAAAAUGAUCAAAUCGAACCAAUGAUGAAGAAGACAAAAGCACAGAAAACAAGAAUCAAGCAAAGAAACUCAUUCCAACACAAACCAACCGUUACCAGAUUCGAUUUAACCAGAGUAACAGAACCUAAGGAACUGAAAAGUGCCACAACUGGGAAGAGAAUCGUCGAAAAUGAAAAGUCGUUUGAAGUAGAAUUGGAAGUAGAUGUAUUAGAAUUGUUUAGUGGAUUCGAUCAAGUCAAAGAUGGUAGUAAUACCAUAAGAUUUGAAGAAUUGAUUGAAAUUUUUGUAAAUAAUGCUAGAUGUUUGAACAACAGAAUCACCAAAAUAGCAAAAUAA